AUGUCGCCCGUGAUUUGUACGGAGGAGUGUCCGCCGGGUGAGAGUCGGGAUAGUCCGGACGUUCCAAGAAAGGUUUGUCGCUGUCCUCCAGAAGAAAUCCCGUUGACUAACUUCUUGGAGCAUUUGGUUUCAUCGAUGGAUGAUGAAGGGAAGAAGGAAGAUGGGAACGCGAUUGUUUCGGCACCUCUGAAUUGCCGUGUUGUUGACAAGGUCCUGGAGGGUGCACUCCCGACUGGGUCGAACCACACUCUUCCGCUGAUGACCAUUGUUCAAUGUUAG